AUGAAGUUGGCUGAGACAAUGAGAAGGGUCUGGCUGCAGACUUGCACUCUCAGACUUGCACGCUCAGACUUGCACGCUCAGACACGAGCGCUUCCGCUGCAAAGUCGAUUGAUGCCAGAUUUGAAGAUAGCCAGCAAGUGGUGUUUGGAUCAAUCUAGUGCACUGUAUGGUUCUGUUCAUUUGCCCAAAGUAGAGUGUAUGGAGGAACAAGACGUUGCGGAAGCCAUUGAGAGAUUAGAGAAGGCUGAGUCUUCCAUAUUCACUGUGCAAGAGGAGAUUCCAGCUGCCAAGCGACAGAGGACACUGGGGCCCGCAGAACAACAUCGGAUUGCUAUUGAGGUGUGUGAUACCAUCUGGGCUCAGACAAAGGAGCGCUUUGCGUUCACUGGGCACCUUGUGAGUUCAACACUGCUGCAGGGAGAGCUGUUCUCACAGCAUGCUAAAACCUUUCCAAGUGCUGCAUUGAAUGCCACUGUGGAGGCCUAUCCGAUGCUGAACAAGGCUAGACUGAAGACAGAACUAUCCUUGGUCUAUGAAAACCCGGAGUUUGAAAAGUGUAGUGGUGCAGUGCCUCUGUAUCAGUUUUUUAUGGAGAACAACCUUCAGUGCACAUUUUCAGAAACUGUUAAUCUUCUGAAAAUCCUUAUCACUACUCCAAUGACAUCAGCAGAAUCUGAAAGAUGCUUCUCCACUCUAAAAAGAAUCAAAACGUUCCUAAGGAGCACAAUGUCUCAAGAAAGACUGAAUGCCCUUGCCAUGCUUUCUAUGGAGAAAAAGAUUGUGAAAGACAUGCCCAACUUCAACAACAAAGUUAUUGAUAGGUUUGCAACCCAGAAAGAAAGGAGAGCCAAAUUUCUUUACAAGUGACAGUGCAUAAUCAUCUCGGCUGCUUCUCACCAUCAGGAACUCAGCAUCUCGUCUGCUCCUACAGGGACAUAACAGCAUCUCCACUACUCCUUCAAGCACUCAGCAUCUCCACUACUCCUUCAAGCACUCAGCAUCUCCUCUGCU